UCCGCCACACGUACAGGAAGAGGCGGGGCCUCAGCGAGGGACGCUCACGCUCGUCUGGCGUUGUUCAUUCAACAUGGCAGCGGGACCAAUUUCAGAGAGAAACCAAGACGCCACUGUGUAUGUUGGCGGCUUGGAUGAGAAAGUGUCAGAGCCAUUACUAUGGGAGCUUUUCCUGCAGGCUGGUCCUGUGGUCAACACGCACAUGCCAAAAGACAGAGUCACUGGUCAACAUCAAGGUUAUGGCUUUGUGGAGUUCCUUAGUGAAGAAGAUGCUGACUAUGCCAUCAAAAUCAUGAAUAUGAUAAAGCUCUACGGCAAACCCAUUCGAGUUAAUAAGGCCUCUGCGCACAACAAAAACCUGGAUGUGGGUGCAAACAUAUUCAUUGGUAAUCUGGAUCCGGAGAUUGAUGAGAAACUGCUCUACGACACAUUCAGUGCCUUUGGCGUGAUCCUCCAGACGCCGAAGAUCAUGCGAGACCCAGACACCGGCAACUCCAAGGGUUAUGCUUUCAUCAAUUUUGCGAGCUUCGAUGCAUCAGAUGCCGCGAUUGAGGCCAUGAACGGCCAGUACCUCUGUAACAGGCCCAUCACAGUGUCCUACGCCUUCAAGAAGGACUCCAAAGGAGAACGACAUGGCUCGGCCGCAGAGCGCCUCCUGGCUGCACAAAACCCUCUUUCUCAGGCAGACAGGCCACAUCAGCUGUUUGCAGAUGCUCCACCGCCGGCGAGUGCUCCGACGCCGGUUCUAACUGCAAUGGGAAGCGGGAUGCCCAUCGGCAUGCCACCUCCAGGUUUCCCUCCGGUUCCUCCUCCUGGAUCGAUGCCCCCUUCAAUGUCCAUGCCUCUUAAUGCGGGGGUAGGCCAACAGGGCGGCGGGCCUCCCCCCGGACCACCACCCUUCCCUGGCAACAUGCAUCCAGGUAUGUCUCAGAUGCCCAUGCCCCCCCCUGGUCCUCCUGGCAUGGUGCCUCCACCUCCUGCUCCCCCAGGAUCAAACCAGUCACGGGCACCGCUACCACCUGGCAUGCCCCCACCCCCGCCUAUGGGCAUGCCACCCAGAGCGCCGUAUGGACCUCCCAUGGGUCAUCCUGGGCCUCCAGGUAUGAGAGGGCCUCCUCCCAUGCCUCCCCCUGGCUACGGCGCUGGCCUCCCUCCUCGUCCUCCUUUUGGCUUCCAGAGAGGACCUCCAAUGCCUCCAAGGCCCCCCGGUGUCCCACAACGCGUUCCUAUGAGAGCACCAAUGCCACCAUAAUCUGUCUCAAGCUGCAGAAACGGGCUCUCAUUUUUUUUUUUUUUUAAACAUCUCAUGAUCUACUCAAGUUUGUAAUAGUGAAAAUAAUUUAACCCCGUUUGUAUUUUUUUUCCGGUCAUUGUACAGAUGAAGACCUUCGCCGAAUAAAGUUUUUAGUACAAGUUUCUCACUCGCUAAUAUUACUUAAA